AUGAAAACAAACAGAAUUGGUCUCACAAAUUUAGAGCAGAAAUAAAAUUACAUUUUAAAAUCAUUUGAAAAUAGAGAAAAUUCGUCAAAAUAAAGAAAUUACAUAGUAAAAAAAAUAAAAAACAAUAGAGUUUUAUCUAUUGAUCAUAAAUUUAGUAACUAAACUUAAACUCAACUACAAAAAGAUAAAUUGAAUUUUUCUUACUAUUCGACAGCCAUGAAUAGUCCUUUAGAUUCUUAGAAUUCCACUCCAAACUAAAAGUCAAAUAAUAAUACACUUUGCUUUUAAGACAUUAAAAAUAAUAACAAUAAAAAUCAAAUUAAAAACGAUUUGUGCGUUCAAUAAGAAAACCAAAAAAAUUAAACACCUUCUCCAAGAGAUGACAAAUAAAAUAAUAAUAAUUACAGUCCUGUAGUAUAUAAUAAAAUAUAAAAAAGAUCAGCAGGUAAUCGUAGAUUCUCUGUUAGCAAUUAAAAGACUAUUUUGGAUUGUAAGUAAUUUGAAAGUAAAAUUAGCAAAAACAAUAGUGAUAAAAGUAACCAAUAAAUUAAAAAAGUAAUUCAAGACUAAGAGUAAUAAGGCAACUAAUAAAAUAUAAAAGAAAAAAUGAAACGAACUUAGAAUAACUUUUUAACAAUAAAUGAAAGGAGAAGAUCAAUUUCGAAUACUUUUUAGUUAAAUUAAUUGCAUAAAAAUAAACCCAAUUUAGAUUUUGAAAUAAAAGUCCCUUCUCAAUAAAUUUAAAAUGAAAUAGAAAAAAAGUAAAUAGUUGAAGAUGAAAACCCCAAUUAAUAAAUAUUUUCAAUUGCGUAUGAUUCAUAUGAUCAUUCCCAACUCGAAAUAUUAAAUAAUGACGAAUAAUUAGAUUCUUCCUAUUUAAGUGAUUUUAUUGAAGUCAAUAGAAACUACAUUGAGGAGAAUUUAUAAGUUUGUUUAAAUGCUGACAAAAGCUGUGUUGAUUUGCACUAAGGAAAAUCCUCUUUUAUAGAUGUCAUGGUAUCUAUUGAACUUCCUGAAAAAAGCCAACAACUCAUAGAACCAUUUGUAGAUUCUUUCCGCCGCAAUCAGUAAGAUCAAAUAAGAAAGUAGGAUAUUAUUUUGUCUAGGAAUUAAGGAGUUCCCUUGAGAAAUAAGAUAUAUAACACCAGAGAUUACAUUACUUCACCUUACGAUCUAAUUAUAGUAUUGGAUGUAAAUAUGAAUUAAUAGGUUUUGAAACAGGUUUUGGAUUCUAUUGAAUUUAUUAUAUCAAAUUCGAAUAAAAACGAUAGAAUAUCUUUGAUAAUCCCAAUUGGAAAUAAGAUUCUUAAAUCAAAUCUGGUCCGUUGCUCUAACGCAAUGAAAAAAAUUUUAGUUGAUGUGCUUUAGAAAGUUUAGACAAAUAGUAGGCUUUCUAACCACAGAGCCCUUUUAAAUGCCUUCUGGACAAUUUAAGAAAGGAAGUGUGAAAACUAUUAGACAGCUGUAUUUUGGUAUUAAUAUGGAUAAAUAACCAAGUCCUUUUCAGAAUAAAUAAAAGAGGAUCUCAUACAUUUGAAUAUUAAAACUUCUUUUUCCUUUUAUAAUUUUCAUAUAAAAAAUCCUCAUGACGAUUCUAUAAAUUAUGCUAAAAACCUUUUCACAACUGAGGCUUUUAGCUAGAAUUAUUUAUAAAAUUUAUCUCAUAUGAAUGGAGGGUACUACUAUUUCAUUGAAAAUGGUACCUAGAUUGCUUAGUUUAGUGCUAAAGCCCUCGGUUCUGUUAAAACACUUGUAGGCUUUAAGGUGAGUGCUACAGUUUCGAAGUGUUUGAAUUAACAAACAAUAAAUAGAAAUUAAAUGAAAAGUAACUAAAAUAAAGUCUUCUUAGAGGAUAAAAUAAAUAACUACAUCCCAAGCGCUAAGAUAGACUUAAUGUAUGGAGGAGAUGCUGUAUGGAGAGAGAAUGAAAGCCAUUAAGAAUAUUGCAUUGACUUACCUCAAAUAAACUCAGGAAUUUCAAAAUAAUUUAACUUGAGAUUCUCAUUUUAGGGAACGAACAUCUAAAUACCAAAAGAAAAUUGCUAACACUAAGUUUUCAAAGCACAUUUUUAUGUUUGUCAUGAAAACUUAUAUGAAGAUUAAAAAUACAUAAUUAGAGAUAGCAUACUUCAAUUAAAUUUUAGAAAUUACAACAUUUAGGAUUCCCCACAAAUAUUCAUUAAUAAUGAUGUACUAAAAAACUCAUAUAAAUAUAAGCUCCUUCCUGAGCUCAUAGACUAUUUAAAGCUAAUUGAAAAAGGAGAACAUCAAUACGCCUCAAAAAAACUUGAAGAAUCGAAAAGCUAUAUUAAUAAUUUAUUUAAUUGUUCUUCAAUUCUAGCAACAGAUAAUUUAAUCUAAUUUACUGAGUCUCUAAAACAUUAUUCAAAAUAUCCUGAAGAUUUUAGCGCAAAUAAAAAAUACGAAAUCAGUGCUUUUUUACAAUCUUAAAUGUUAUAGAAAGCAGAAACAUUUUAAAAGAAAUUGAAUUACGGAAUAUAAUUGAGUGAUUACUCGAUGAAUUACAUGUAAUUCUACCUAUAAAAUUUAGCAACUUAAAAUAUUAACAGCUGA